AUGGCCACCAUGAAAGUGAAGGAUAAAAAGUUGAAAGACAAAUUAACUCUUCGACGGUCAUUACUUUCAACACUCGAGACAGUGGAAGCCUUCAUGGAUAAUUACGAGGAAGAACGAGAUUUCCCACAAGUACCAGUGUGGCUGGAGAUACUCGACCAGGCUUUCCAGGACUGCUUGAAGGUUCAAUCCGAAAUUGAAAGGAUGGACAAUGGAGACGCCCCGUUAGUGAAGCAUCUCCAGGAACGCCACCAGUUCCAGAGUAGAUACUGUGCAACCAAGGGAUGGUUGAUGAACAGGCGAUUGCUGGACCUGAACUCAACCAUCAAUGUACACGAUGCAGCUCCAGCUCAACCUACUAGCUUCCACCUACGGUUGCCAAAAAUAGAUCUGCCGAAGUUUGACGGCGACUAUUCACGGUGGCUGGGAUUUCGUGACACCUUCAAAUCGAUGGUACAUGACGUCAAGGACAUUCCACUGGUAGCGAAGCUGCAGUUCCUGCUCCAGUCUUUAGAGGGUGAGGCACGUACGCCUUACGAGACGGUGGAUAUAGUGGCAGCCAAUUAUGUCAUCACCUGGGAAGCCCUCCUAAAGCGCUAUGAUAACAAGCGGUUUUUAACAAAACAGUUGUAUCGUACACUACACGAUCUCGCUCCAAUCCGGAAAGAAUCUGCACAGGAUCUUCAUCAUCUUGUAGACGAUUUUCAACGCCAUGUGAAGGCACUGGCGAAGCUUGGUGAGUUGGUGGAAACGUGGGACACUCCACUGAUUUGUAUGUUGUCCUAUAAAAUGGACCCUGCUACCCUCAGAGCCUGGGAGGAGUAUGCAGCAAAGUCGGAUAAUGUUGGGUACGAAGCAUGUAUCGAGUUUCUCUACCAGCGAAUUCGGAUUCUGCACACAGUGUCAACAGAGAUCCAACAUCGUUCUCAAGCAGCACCAGCCAAGGUGGCCGGUCCCCAUUCCUUCAGCAAGAAGCUCCCCACUACGAAGGCGGUUGCCAACUCCGCUACCGCAAGUUCGCGUCCAAGUCCACCAUCCUGCAUUGCAUGCCCGGAGAAGCAUCUAUUGUUUCAGUGUUCAGCCUUUCAAAGAAUGACCGUUGAGCAGCGCCGCGAACUAAUUUCCCAGAAGCGACUUUGUUGGAACUGCUUCAAAUCGUCGCAUAUCGCACGGAAAUGCGACUCCAAGUACACCUGUCGUCAUUGUCACGAACGCCACCAUACGCUGUUGCACAAAUCCUCGAGCGACCCUGCAGCACAGUCAACACCCCAGUACCCGACACAACAAGCGAAUUCCCACGGAUCGGGUAUUUUGGUUCCCGAAGUAAGCGUUCCUGCUCAUAGCAGUUCCCCAUCAACUGUUUUCCUGUCCACUGUUUCGCUGUGGAUCGAGGAUCGAUUUGGAAGACAACAUUCUGCUCGAGCAUUAAUCGACUCUGGUUCGCAGUCGAACUUCAUCUCAAAGAAGCUGGCUCGUCGUUUGUGUCUACAGUCAGAUCGAGUACGUGUUCCCAUCGCUGGCAUCGGUGAAACAACAGUGACGGUUACCCAGUCUGUCAUCUCCACUAUCCACUCCAAGAACAACGAGUUUUCCAGCAAGUUAGAGUUCCUGGUUUUACCGAAUCCAACCUCUGAACUUCCCACGUCAAAUGUCGACAUAUCCAUGUGGAAAAUCCCGUCAAACUUCCCAUUAGCUGACCCUGCAUUCAACGUGUCGAGUCCUAUCGACCUGUUACUCGGAAUCGAACAAUUCCACGAAUACAUUAUGAGUGGUAGAAUAAUCCUCGGGAAAGGAUGUCCAGUACUAUUCGAGACUGUCUUCGGGUGGGCUGUAAUCGGUCGAUGCUACGGCACAACUCCACCAACUACUCCGGUCUGCCACAUCGCCACCACUCGAAAUCUGGAAUCUCUUUUGGAACGGUUCUGGGAGCUCGAAUCCUUGCAGUCCGACCGAAUCUAUUCUGCUAAGGAGAUCGCCUGCGAGGAGCUAUAUCAGGGUACUACGACUAGAAAAUCCGACGGGAGAUAUGUAGUGUCUCUUCCCAAAUCACAGGACCCUUACAUUCAACUCGGUGAAUCCCGUGCAAUCGCCGAAAGACGUCUACUAUGCUUGGAGCGAAAACUUGAACGUGAUGCAUCCGUAAAGGAAGCCUACCAUGAGUUCUUGGAAGAAUAUUCACGGCUAGGCCAUAUGCGACGGCUCGAGGAUCCGGUGGACAACUCCAUUUACCACUACUAUUUGCCACACCACCCCGUAUUCAAAGCCAGCAGUACAACCACGAAAGUACGGGUCGUAUUUGAUGCGUCCUGCCGUACGUCGUCUGGUAGUUCCCUCAAUGAUCUUCUGCUUGUCGGGCCAAUCGUUCAAGAGGAUCUUCAGUCAAUUAAAUUGCGUUUCCGGACAAAACCAAUCGGUCUUGUGGCGGACAUUGAAAAAAUGUUCCGUCAGAUUGCAGUUUGUCGCAACGAUCAACCACUCCUCAGAAUACUUUUUCGACAGAAGCCAACGGAUCCAAUCUCCACGUACGAGCUUCAGACCGUUACCUACGGUACCUCUUCUGCGCCGUUUCUCUCCACACGUACUCUCGUACAGCUCGCUACAGAUGAAGGCGAGAACUUUCCGAUGGCCAAAAAGGCCGUCCUCGAAGACUUUUACGUGGACGACCUCAUCAGCGGUGCAUCUACACCCGAAGAAGCCGUAGAACUCCGUCGACAGCUCAGUGCUAUGUUGCAAUCCGCCGGGUUUCCGUUGAGGAAAUGGGCCUCCAACAGUUCGGCAGUUCUAGCCGAAAUACCAUCGGAGGAAUUGGCAAUUCAGCCGGUUUACGAAUUCGCCGACGAGCAGUCGGUGUCUACACUCGGACUUAUAUGGGAACUGCAUUCCGAUACUUUGCGGUUUCGGAUCCAACUUACACCUCCUGCAGUCGAACUCACCCGACGGAAUGUACUGUCGUACAUUGCCAAGAUCUACGAUCCAUUGGGCCUUGCCGGUCCGGUAAUUUCAACAGCCAAGCAGUUUAUGCAGCGCUUGUGGGCAUUGAAGAACAACGAUGGGAAUUCCUACGCUUGGGACGAUCCACUUCCGACAAGGAUCCAAGAUGAAUGGAAAGCAUUUCAUUACCAAUUGAACUUGGUGAGCGAUGUUCGCAUUCCCCGAUUCGUUUCGGUGGCCGGUGCUACCAGCUUCGAAUUGCACUUCUUCUCAGACGCCUCCGAAAGGGCAUACGGUACAUGCGUGUACAUGCGUUCCGAAGAUCAACGCCAGAACGUUGUCGUCCACCUGCUUGCAGCAAAAUCAAGGGUCACGCCAUUGAAGACCCGCCAUUCCAUUGCCCGCUUGGAACUCUGUGCUGCAGUUCUCUCUACAGACCUGUUCCUGAAGGUAAUUGCCUCGCUUAAAUCUAACUUUCCUGUUUUCUUCUGGGUAGACUCCAUGACCGUGCUGCUGAAAGCAUCACCCAACAGAUGGAAAACUUUUGUGGGCAACCGAGUGUCCAAAACUCAAAUUGCGACAGUUGGUCAUCCAUGGUACCACGUGCCAGGAAAGGACAAUCCGGCCGAUGAUAUAUCCCGUGGCCUCACUCCAGCCGAACUUCUUCACCAAGAGCGAUGGUGGACCGGGCCUGCUUGGCUCAAGCAGACCAAGAAACAUUGGCCAAGCCAACUCGUCGAUUCCGUGGCAUCCUCCAAGGCUGUCGUCGAAGAAUGUAAAGUGUGCCUGGCGGCACUCAUAUCUCCCACGGAUCAACUGUGCGAUUGGUUGUUCAACUGUUUCUCGUCGUAUACUAAGCUACGGAAGGCCGUGGCAUACUUCCUGCGGUACAUGGGUGUACUGCACGCAACAGCUGCCAAGAAACAUCCUGAUGGGGCUUGUGCGGCAUCCUCGAAGACACCAUGUGAGCCACACACACAUCUCACUGCAUCCGAUCUUCAAGACGCUGAACAUGUUCUGUGUCAACUAUCCCAGCGUGAAACGUUUCCGACGGAGCUGAAAGCACUACGCAAUGGACGACCAGUUGACAAAACAUCCCCUAUGAAAUUCUUCAAUCCAAUGCUCUCCAAGGACGGCCUCAUCAAGGUUGGUGGUCGUAUUCAAGACUCCAACUCUCCCGAAGGAAUGAAGCAUCCAAUCAUCAUCUCGAGUAAACACCGACUGGCACACCUGCUUGCUGAUCACUACCACCGAACUCUAAUGCACGCCGGACCGCAGCUGAUGACGACCACCAUCAGACAGAAGUUCUGGAUUCUACGAGGCAGAGAUUUAUUGCGUCAAGUGUACCACCAGUGCCAUACCUGCUUCCGUAGAAAACCGGUAUUGAUCCAGCAAGCAACAGCAGAUUUACCUAACUCCAGGGUGACACCGUCGCGGCCAUUUUCAGUCUCCGGUGUCGACUAUUGCGGCCCGAUCCUCUUACGUGGUCCACACCGUAGAGCAGGACCAGUCAAAGCAUACAUCGCUUUAUUCGUGUGCUUCUCAACGCGGGCCGUACAUCUGGAGCUCGUCAGCGAUCUCUCCACAGCAGCAUUCCUGGCUGCUCUGAAGCGGUUCAUAGCACGGCGUGGCAAGGUCUGUGAACUUUAUUCAGACAAUGCUACAAACUUUAAAGGAGCCGCCAACGAGCUGCAUCAUCUCUUUAAAAUGCUUAAAACGGACGACAGCAGCCGAAAACUCAUUUUCGACUGGUGCGCUAAUGCAGAAAUCAAGUGGAAAUUCAUUCCACCGCGCGCACCUCACUUUGGUGGUCUGUGGGAGGCGGCGGUGAAAUCGGCGAAGAGUCAUCUUCUGAAGGAAGUGGGUAAUACAACCGUCACCCACGAAGAAAUGCUGACCCUGCUCGCCCAGGUCGAAAUGUGCCUCAACUCACGGCCCAUAACUGAGAUGUCCAAUGACCCAACGGAUCUAGAGGCUCUUACACCGGGUCAUUUCCUGGUCGGUUCGAACCUGCAAUCGAUUCCAGAAGCCGACUACAAGCAAUUACCAGACAACAAGCUCAACCGUUGGCAGCUGAUGCAAAAACGACUCCAGGCAAUUUGGAAGCGCUGGAGCACCGAGUAUUUACAGCAGCUGCAAGCCCGUUCAUCAAAAGGCAUCAAACCUCCCGUUGACAUCCGAGUGGGCCGACUAAUCAUCAUUAAGGACGACAACCUUCCCCCAGCCCAGUGGAUGUUGGGUCGCAUAACGAAGAUUCAUCCCGCUCAUGAUGGUAUCGUUAGAGUCGUCACCUUGAAGACGGCAUCUGCAGACAAUGUUGUCCGUCCUGUCGUCAAACUUUCACUUCUUCCAAUGCCAUCAAACGUGAACGACGUUGAGAAUGAGCCAAUAUCUUCGACGCCAGACAGUUCAUCGAUUCGUACGCAGCAGUGUCCGUGUAGUAAUUAA